ACCCCAGAUUCCACUCGGAAGCGCAUGCCUGCCAUGUCUCAGAGCACUCGCUGUCGCUCCCCAGACCAUCUCGACAGCAACUCGCCUGCGUUCAAGCUGCGCAGUACAGAGCUCUCAUAGAAAAGGGGUGACCACGCGCGCGCGCGGGCGGGCAAUCUGAUGGCGGCGCCGACGCUACCGCAGCCCUCCGGAGACGGGGCGCCCACCACCAUCCGCACGCGUGAGCAGAUCAUCGUCGAGGCAUGGGGUCAAGGGUUCAACGUCGGUGCGCUGGUCUUUAUUCUCCUGACGGUGCUCUGCAACUACCGGCGGAACGUCCUGCUGCACAAGCUCAUCCUGCUCGAGCUGGUGCUGGCCCUGGGGCACGGGUUCUUCAUCUUCUCCCGAGACCCAGCGUACGGAUGGACCCUCAGCAGCACAGCCGUCGCCUUGUACGUCUCCUACAACAUCCACAACGUCGUCGCGUGGAUUAAGAUCAAGCCUUUCCUGCCGCGCUGGGGCGGGCGCUUCUUCAUCUUCUCCCUCGUCGCCGUCCAGCCGUACUGGGUCCUCGAGGUCUACGCCAACUUUGCCUACUUCAACCACCUGGGCCAGAGCUGGUUCGAGUGGACGCGCUACUUUGAGCCCCUCGCCCGGGACCCCUGGUGGAUCUUUACGACCGUCAAGCUGGUGCUGGUCAUCCGGCAGAACUACGAGUACUCCAUCCUCGGGCUGGUCCGGACCAGCCCCCGCUUCGGCAUCAUGCUGCUGUGCAUGCUGCUCUCCAUCGUCUUUGUCGUCAUCGACGUCGUCGCCACCGCGCUCAUCUCGGCCCAGAGCGGCAUCAACCCGUACUGGCGGCUCGCCCUCGUCUUCAAGUGUGCCUCGGACGCCAUCUUCCUCGACGACUUCAAGUCCGUCCUCGACAAGAUUGCCGAGUCGGCGCUCAAGUACGUGGCCAACCUGCCCUCGACCUCCAAGGACGGCGGCUUCGGCUCGGCGCAGGUGGUCUCGGGACGACGUUACAGUGGCCCGAACGGUCAUGCGGUGGGUUGUCGACGACCCAGUGCCGCCCAGCGGCCUCGCCACUUUGUGCAGAUUUCCUCCCAUAGCAACAGCGACGACACUGGCACUGGAUACAGAGACGCGUACGGUCGAGAGUACCUGCCGUCGCGUGCCGGUAGCAGCAGGCCGAUGCGAGGGAUCGACGAGACGCCCCUGUCGCCAGACGGGCAGAUCCUGGCGGAAACGACCAUUGAGGUGUCGGGGAAUGAUUUGACGUACAGAAACUCCAAUGCGUCGGGCGACGACCGCGCAGGCUCGCAGGAGCUGAUUCUCUCCGACGGCAGUGUCAACAACACGCCGCACGACUACGGUUGGGGGGAACCGCCCCGGUUGUCGUCAGUAGACGAUGAUGUCGAAAGGGGCAUACCGAUGAGGCCCAUGAGGGCCAAGACGGCUGAUAGAGGAGUCGGCCUUGGUUUAUGAGUGAAUGAAUUUUUUUUGAUGGUUUAUGAAGGUGAUGCCUAGCCCAUUAUGUCGCUUUUGUCGUGAUAUGCCUUCUCGCCCGACAGACUGACUCUCGAGUUAUCGUGUCUCGGUCGUGGGGGCCCUGCAGGUGGCAGAACCAUCAAUGGGACACGACGAAUUGACAUAAUAUGCCCUAGCUUCCCCCAAGUAUUAAUUGUCAAAAUACCACGAGUGGCUGACGAGCUGUCGUGCUGAGAUAAGAA